GUGCUCGGCGGCGUCACGUGUCCGCCGCCGCCGCCGCGGUCUCCGCCGAAGCCGAGCUCGGAUCCGCGAGCGCCACCAGGGCAGCAGCCGCCGCAGCCGCCGCCGCUGUGCUGAGGAGCCGGAGACGCGGGCGGACGAGGUGGCGGCGGCGGCGGAGCGGGAGCGGGGAGCGGACGCGGGCGGAGCGCGGCGGCGCGGGUGUAUUCCAGAGAACAAUUUUCAAACAUCUUUCCUUAUAUUUGGCAUUGAGCAGUCAGGGGAUUCAGGCAUAUGAGGAGGUACUGUCACAUAAAACAGUGUCCAGUGAAGACGACAAGAAAGAGAGAAAAAGACCGGAAGAAGAAGCUAAAAUACCAUAGGAAACCAUGAGAUCUAUUAGAUCUUUUGCCAAUGAUGAUCGCCAUGUUAUGGUGAAACAUUCAACAAUAUAUCCAUCUCCGGAGGAACUUGAAGCUGUUCAAAAUAUGGUGUCUACUGUUGAAUGUGCUCUUAAACAUGUCUCAGAUUGGCUGGACGAAACAAAUAAAGGCACAAAAACUGAGGGGGAGACAGAAGCAAAGAAAGAUGAGGCUGUAGAAAACUAUUCAAAGGAUCAAGGUGGCCGAACAUUGUGUGGGGUAAUGAGGAUUGGCUUGGUUGCAAAAGGCUUGCUGAUUAAAGAUGAUAUGGACCUAGAGCUGGUUUUAAUGUGCAAAGACAAACCCACAGAAACCCUGCUAAAUAUAGUCAAAGAUAAUCUUCCCAUUCAGAUUCAGAAACUGACAGAAGAGAAAUACCAAGUGGAACAAUGUAUAAAUGAAGCAUCCAUUAUAAUUCGGAACACGAAAGAACCAACACUGACUUUGAAGGUGAUACUUACUUCCCCUCUAAUUAGGGACGAAUUGGAGAAGAAGGAUGGAGAAAAUGUAAUGAUGAAAGACCCUCCGGACUUAUUGGACAGGCAGAAAUGCCUGAAUGCCUUGGCUUCUCUUCGACAUGCCAAAUGGUUUCAGGCAAGGGCAAAUGGAUUAAAAUCAUGUGUAAUUGUCCUCCGCAUUCUGCGUGAUUUGUGCAACAGAGUUCCUACAUGGGCACCGUUGAAAGGAUGGCCACUAGAGCUUAUAUGUGAAAAGUCUAUAGGUACUUGUAAUAGACCUUUGGGCGCUGGGGAGGCCUUGAGACGAGUAAUGGAGUGUUUGGCAUCUGGAAUACUACUUCCUGGGGGUCCUGGUCUUCAUGAUCCUUGUGAGCGAGACCCAACAGAUGCUUUGAGCUAUAUGACUACUCAGCAAAAAGAAGACAUCACUCAUAGUGCACAGCAUGCACUUAGACUAUCAGCCUUUGGCCAGAUUUAUAAAGUGCUGGAGAUGGACCCUCUUCCAUCUAGUAAGCCUUUUCAGAAGUAUUCCUGGUCAGUUACUGAUAAAGAAGGUGCUGGGUCUUCAGCUCUAAAGAGGCCAUUUGAAGAUGGAUUAGGGGAUGAUAAAGAUCCCAAUAAGAAGAUGAAACGAAACUUAAGGAAAAUUCUGGAUAGUAAAGCAAUAGACCUUAUGAAUGCACUAAUGAGAUUAAAUCAGAUCAGGCCUGGGCUUCAGUAUAAGCUUUUGUCACAGUCUGGCCCAGUUCAUGCCCCAGUCUUCACAAUGUCUGUAGAUGUGGAUGGCACAACAUAUGAAGCCUCAGGACCAUCCAAGAAAACAGCAAAGCUUCACGUGGCGGUGAAGGUUUUACAGGCAAUGGGAUACCCAACAGGUUUUGAUGCAGAUAUUGAAUGUAUGAGUUCCGAUGAAAAAUCAGAUAAUGAAAGCAAAAAUGAAACAGUGUCUUCAAACUCAAGCAAUAAUACUGGAAAUUCUACAACUGAGACCUCCAGUACCUUAGAGGUAAGAACUCAGGGUCCUAUCCUCACAGCAAGUGGCAAAAAUCCUGUGAUGGAGCUCAAUGAAAAAAGAAGAGGUCUCAAGUAUGAACUCAUCUCAGAGACUGGUGGAAGCCAUGACAAGCGCUUUGUAAUGGAGGUAGAGGUAGAUGGACAGAAAUUCAGAGGUGCAGGCCCAAACAAGAAAGUGGCCAAGGCAAGUGCUGCACUAGCUGCCCUGGAGAAGCUCUUUUCUGGACCCAAUGCAGCAAAUAACAAAAAAAAGAAGAUCAUUCCUCAGGCAAAGGGUGUUGUGAAUACGGCAGUAUCUGCAGCAGUCCAGGCAGUUCGGGGCAGAGGAAGAGGAGCUCUGACAAGGGGAGCCUUCGUGGGGACUACAGCAGCUCCCGGCUAUAUAGCUCCAGGUUACGGAACACCAUAUGGUUACAGCACAGCUGCUCCUGCAUAUGGUUAAUACUUUUAAGCAGUUUUCAGCACGUUUAUCUCACUUUAUUCUCGUUCUCCUCGGACCUCCGUAGCCAUAUCACUUGUAUAAAAUAGGCUGAGAUAUAGUGACUGUAAGCUGUGAUCUCAGUAUACAAAGGUAAGCUCUUUUAUUUUCUGAUUAAAGAAAAAAUAACCAAUUAACACAACCUGCAUAUAUGACAAUCAUAUGAUGUAUUUGAUCUCUUAGGUCUUAUGUCACUGCAUAAUUUAAAAUUUUUAUGGUCUGAAUGUAAAAUAGUAAUUUUCAGCAUUUGUUUUAAUACUCUUGUAAAUGCUUUUUAUUCAAGAGAACCAUUUCACAUUUACUGAGUCAAGUGUAUUUUGUGGGGAGAAACUUAGGAUAUAGUGUAUAUGUAAGUUAUACAUACAGCAGCACCUGUUUUAAUGUAAUAAUUCAGCUGUAGCAGUACUAUCUAAGGAGAGUUAAAGUGACAGGGCACUGUCUUGGCCAAGAAGCUGGGAUAUCAGAAGCAGUAAUGCUGGUGACAGUGCUGUAGGAUUCAUGUGUGCAUUUGCUGCACAGGCUGAGGGUACAAGUGCCAAUCUCUCAAGAAGAGAACCUUCUCUGACCUGUGUUGCAUGCCCUAAUACAGCAACAGCAAGAAGCCAUUAAAAACAAAAAGCAAUAGAGAAACACAAAAGACAAAAGAGUGAACUAUGGGGAAUAUGUGUAAUUGGCUGAGUUAAGCUAAUUAUUUGCUAAAUCAACUUGAGCAAGACUCAGAAAGGUGAAUACUGAGUCUGUGGAAACCAAAUCGACUUAAGGAAUCUGUCUGUCUUUAUCAAGUUAGGUACCUAGAAUAUCAUUUCUCACUGUAUUCAGUCAUGAACAGGGUUCAUGUAAAGGACAUGAGGGUUAGAUCAAAUGCUUUAAUAAGGAUUUGCUUAAGUUAGUAUAUCCCACAAAUACACCUCAUUAUGUUAGAUGCUUAGCUGUAUGUUUGUGUGUAAAUAAAUUUUUAUGUUUUACAUUUCUUUCUGUAGCAGUUUCUGUUUAUCUCUAGCAUUGAGGCUGCUGGAACUUUGUUCCCAGACGGAACCUGCAGUUCAUGAGUUUGGCUUCUGCUAAAGGCUGUACAAAGCAGAGUAGGUGCAGUGCAGCUCAGUCCUGUGCCUGCUGAUGCAGGUCUUUUUCUGGAACCAGGGAACAGAGGCUCCGACCAAUGGAAACAUCUUAAGUAUGAAAGUUUCCUUGCUGACAGAAUUGGCCUUGUUGUAAAUAAAUACCCUACUUUCGGAGAUAGUGUAUUAACAGUGGCAAAAGUUAUUAAUUUAUUUAGUAGUUUAAUUAUAAAAUAUUGGAUAUUGUAGGCUUUUCAACACCACAAAUUGGUGUUACUUGAGGAUAUCCUCAAGUAGCAUAUUUCUCUGGCACUCUUGGGGGCCUAAGAUCUGCUCUGGUUAUGCUACUCAUCCUCUGUCCAAGUGUAUGGUCAGAAAAUGGGGCGUCAGCCCACUGCAGCCCUGCUUGGCAGCACUUGCUAUAGUCCUGCAAAGAAUACAGUGGGAAAUAUAAGCACUGACUACAUUCUUUAAAUGGCAGGUGAGUGUUAGAGUUACAAGAAGUCACUUGCUGUAAUUUUUCUGAUUCUUAUUUUUCACAAAUGAUAGGAGCAGAGGAGAAUAGUCAGUACUAAGUUAAAAUGAGCUAGAGAUGUUUUGUUUUUUUUUUUCCCCAAGCUGUCUGAAGCCUGUAAACCAGAGGCAUUGUGAGCAGAGUGAUAUCUGAAAGCAGUUCGCUCUGUGAAUGGUCUGCCUUUCAUGUCUCCUCUUAAUGCCAGUACCUCCUCAAGUCACCCGGAACUGGAAAGAUGCCAUGGCAUUUAGGCUUGUUCUCUGCAACAUCUGAUACCAUGCAGCCAGUGACCAUGGGUUCCUUAGCAUGACUAGGAGGCUGAAGGAGGGAGAUGUUUGGGGUAUCAGUGACAACAGCAGACCCAAGCACCUCCAGUCAAGAGGAGCUUCAAUACUGGUGUGUGUUUUCUGUAGCGCCUAAUUUACAGAGCACAGUGCAGUCUGCUUAAGAGUGAGUUCCACUUUUCCUAAUAGUAUCUUACAGAAAGACUGUUUUAAGUAAGGAAUUCAUGUUGGAUUAGUUGUACAAAUAGAUAUUCUUUCCCACAUACCAUCGUUUCAGUUAGGAGCUAACAGCUUCCGUUAACUGAUCCUUGGAAGUAUUUAAAAAUAGAACCAUAAUGCAAAUUUGGGUUAUAUAAGCUUUACAGCACAGCUAGAGAUACAGAAUAGAAACUAUGAGAAUCUGGGCCAAAGCAUUUCUCUUACUCCAGCCUGUUCCUGAGGAGCUUGGAAAUCUGAUGAGUUCAUAUAUUCAAAGCUUUUCAUGGUACCUGCUACAUAGGAAGUGCUCUGUGAAUGCUGAGUCUGCUGUUCUGUUUGAGGGGGAACGAAGGACACCAGGGAGGUGGGGCUCUGCUGGCUUAAACAGCAGCUGCAUGGCCUGCUCAGGGUAGAGUUCACUUACUCUUUGUGCUUAUUCAUAGGCUUGGGCAGCUCCUAGGCAGAGGCCAGACUCAGUGGGCCAGAUUUGCUCAUUUCUGCUGCAGCAGUUCGAUCACCAGCCGGCUUGUAGCCCAGAGUUUGUAAAUACUUGUUUAGGAUUUAUGGGUGCUUAGAAUUUCACAAGGGCUGAACUUAGUCCAUCCAUCUACCUGCUGAUUCAAGUUUCCUAUUCACACUUCAGUAAUAAAAAAAAAAAAAAAAAACCUACAAUGGCCAGAAGAUAGUCUUUAAAACUAUGGUGUUUGGUGGUAGAGAACAAGUUAUUAUAAACCUCAGAAGGAAAGGAGGGGUCCUAGGAAGCAUAGUUAGAAUGCUGUUGACUCAGACUCUCCUGUGGUGCUUGAUUCUUGGUUCAUGCGUGGCUGGUCAGUGGAAAACAUCUGCGCUAGUCACCACAUGAGGCCUCCUUUCUGUCUGAUAACUCUUAGGGCAUUAUUAGUCUUUUUGUAUCUCUAUCCUUUUGAUUACUGAUUUGGACACAACUGGAAAUUUCUGUUUGAGAUAAGGACAAGUGGGUUGAUGGUCAAGUUGCUGAAUAAAGGGCUAGAGUCCACAAUGCACGUGCUAGCUCACACCCGCAAAGAUCUGAGCUUCAGAGGGAGGACAGGUUGAGUUCCGGCUGGUAGGAGGUGAGUUAAGUGGAAACACAGAUUGAAUUCUGAAAUGCUGUACUUUUAGAAAAAACUGUGUGGACAAGAAUUACCUUUAAAGGAGGCUAGUUAAACUUGUGUUACCUAGUAAAAGUUCUCUGAACUGAAACUGUUGGUAGGUUUUUCAUCUCAUUUGGCCAGCAUUGAAAAAAGGCUCUUUUUCUUUUUUGGUUUUUGUUUUUAGGUUUUCGAGACAGGAUUUCUCUGUGUAGCCUUGUCUGUCCUGGACUCUCUUUGUAGACCAGGCUGGCCUCAAACUCACAGAGAUCUGCCUGCCUCUACCUCCCUGAGUCCUGGGAUUACUGGUGUGCACCAGUGUGUACAGUGAAGAAAGGCUCUUAAUACACACACACACACACACACACACACACACACACACCAACAAACAUCCCCUUCCAUAAAAAACAAAAAAACCAAACCAAACAGCCAACCAAAACAACCCUGACCAGUUACCAGUUAUCAGAGGAGGAUCAUGACCUUUCUUCCUAGAACUUUACCAUUUGUGCAAGUGGCUGUAUUGCCUUGCAAGGGGGUAGUGUGAAGAUUGCCACCAUUCCAAUGCCUGGGCAGUGGUUGGGUGUGUGAGUUAACACGUCCUGGCUGGAGAGGAGUGGGUGCACAGUCAUCUCUUGCUGCUGCACGGAGUCUGCACAGUUGCAGUUUGGACAUUGCUGUCCCUUUUCUUUCUUGGAGAUUCUUCUUCUCAGUUCCCUUUGAACAACUAAUUAUUCCUAGUUUCAGUUAAUGGCAGCCUUUGUGUGUCAGACUUAGGCUUGGCCAACAUUUUGACAUCAUAACAUGUUGUCACCUACAAUGUUCAUGUAACAACUAUAUAAAAUACCAAAAAAAUUUUUUUUGACAGGAAUGAUUUUGGGGUCAGGAAGAGCUAUUUUGGGUUGUGAGUAGCAGAUUUAAGAAGCCAGAAUGGGAAUGAGGAAGGAACAAUGUUAGAAUUGGUAUGAGGGCAUGUAUGGUACCGGGACAUUCUUAAUUCUAAGGCAGCCCUCUUGUUAUUUCUGAUCUAGACAUAAAUCUGAUGUUCAGGGUUAAGUGCUAGAGACAGGAAAUAAUACCAUCUAUGUUUGGUGCCAAAGCUUCUUUCUGCUUAGCACACUGCAAAUUAUAAAGCAGAGAUGAAUGCUGAGCUGAAUUCUAGGCUUCCUGUCUUAAGCGUAUUUCUGGGCAGACAGAAUACUCUGAAAAAAAAAAAAAACAGGGAUAUUUCCUUUUUGUGGGGUAGGGGAAUGACUGAUGAUAAAAGGAUAGCUAACAAAAGGGGAUGAAGAGAAAGAACACAGUGGACUGUAUAAACAGGAAGCUUUUGUGUCAAAAGCUUGUUCUGUUUGGAUGAAAUAGCAAGAGGCUGGGAUAUCUAUUUUCAUUAGCUCUUCAUUUUUGUGAACACAUUGUCUUUCUGAGAAAGGUGAUGGGGUUUGAUGAGGGUUUUGCUUAUGGGGUAGAGGAAGGGGUUUGGUGUAGAGCAGUAUACCUGGUCAGGUGUAAUGAGGCGACAUAUCACCUUUCUGGACCCAUGCUGAGUGCUAAGCAUUUGCCAUUUUGGAAUGUGAGUCUUCCCUCCAUCUUGGGCCCAGAGUUCAGUGAACCUGGUUUGAGGGUUGUAGGAUCUCUGGAUAUAUCUGCUUCUCACCUCGCUGCUUGUAGGCCACUUCCCAACUUAAUCACCAAUUGCUUAGGGGCAAGAAGAUGUGGCGAUGGAAUACAGAAUCCUACCUUGCCCAAGCUCCUUUCAUCUUUGACAACUGACACCUUUUUCUGGGAAGCAUGCUGUCCUCCUUUGGGGAACUGGAAGGAAGAGUCUUAUUCUGACCAAGUUCCAGAGCAUCAAAGUGCGUGAAGGAAUGAGAGCCUCCCCCACCCCCCCGGUUUUAAUGGGAAACAGAGCACUGCUGAACCCUCUCCCAUUUUGUAGUCCAUUUCGAGCUCCGACUCCUAGAGAAGGAGCGAUGCAGGGAUGGUUGUUCUACACAGAACCAAAACCCCAGAGGUCUUUACAAACCAGCCUGCUUGUUUGUGGCAAAACAUUGUGGCUUCUAAUUAGUGAGUGUUGAGCCACACAGAGGAAUUCAGAUUUCUGUGCUGCUCUGAGGGUUAAGAGAUACUCUCCUAGGGGUUGGUUUUGAAUCCUGCAACUGAAGGACCUGGAAGUUUGCUCUCAUUAGAAAGGACGUAGGUAAAGUGACAUGGUUACAUAGUGCUUAGCAGCAGAGCCUGCAUGGUCUGGACCGUGCUCUGCUCAGCUGCUACUGUGCACGCUGCCACGUCCCAUCACCACUUGACACAGUGUCCUUCCUCUGUUGCUGGUACAUUCUACUUACCUUUCUUCUAGUCUUUGGGACUACUGUGUGUGCCUUACAAAAUGGAACAAACAGAAAUAAUCCAGCUCUCCUCUUCCCUUUCCUGUCCUAGCUCAUGUUCUCCCUGGUUCCUGUGGAAAUGGAUUGAUAAUUAUCUCUGAGCCAGGAAGCCUGGUUUUUGCUAGCUGUGCGUUGGAAUAUCAUUAGUCUUGUGCUGUUAGCAAAACUCUAUAUAAUGAAGUACAGAUUUAGUGGAUGCUGCUUGGAGAGAUCCUAGGCUUUUGGAAAUGUGAUUUUUUUUUUUUUCCGAGAGGGUGUGUUAUUUGGCAUGUGCUUAAUUAACCAAAAGGCUCAUCCUCUCAGAGGCACUUUCUAGAGCAGUCUCUGCUUUGUAAAACCUCUCAUAUGCAUUUGAGGCUACUUUAAGAAAAAUUAGGGGCAGGGUGAGGUGCACGCCUGUAAUCCCAGCACUCAGGGAGGCAGAGGCAGGCAGAUCUUUGAGUUUGAGGCCAAAAAAGAAAAAUUAGGGAUGUCCUCCUCUGGGAAGUAUGUAUGGAGGAUGUCAGUUGAGGAAGGCUGAAGUCACCCAGAAACAAGACCAAAGGACCAGGAUGUCAAGGCUAGUGAAGGGCUGGCCUUAGGCAAACAUGGAUACUCUUCUCAGUUAUUUUAAAGGAUUUUAUUUAUUGUAUGUGGUUCCACAAGGGUAAAGACAACGAUGAACAAACCAGGUGGGCAGUUUGACAUGAAGGUACCACAUGGGCCAGGCGGUGUGCUUUGGAAGAUGACAAGGUAAGAAUGAGGACUAUGGUGUGGUGAUGGCAUAUGUUGAAGCUAUGUAGCUGCUUUUGGUGGUGCAUGAGGAGGACUAUGAGUUCAUGGACAGCCUGAGCUAUGCAGUGAGAUCCCAUGAGAAACACCACCCCCGAUAGUAGAGUAAAAGAAGUUGUGCCGUGGGAUGUCUGUUUUCACUCCCUGUGACAGGACUGGGUGAUGUUGCAGGGAAUAGCUGGUCUCUCUUGAGCACAUGAACGUACUGAGAAAAACCUCUGUAUGUUACCUUGUAAUCCUCUACUUUGGCUGGGUCCAGUGUUGGGGGUAGUGUCACAUGGCAAGGUUUCCAGUUUAGGAGAACUGAGGAAGGACAGAAGACCACUGGUUAGAUAUGAGGUGCAGGUAAGGGAGGUACAUGUCAGGAGGUGUGAGUAGAAUCAGAGCUGUCUUCUUUAGUGGAGUUAUCACUGCCAGCAGCUCUGUUCUAUCCCUUCAUAGGGAUGCUAUUCCUGGUGUUAGGGCUCACGUCUAGCAUGCCCAUUUUCAGUUUUGUAGGCCGCUGGGAGAGGAGCCAGGCCUGUGAGUUGACUAAUAGCAUAAGAAGGGCAUAGAGCUGAAUCACAGUUGCAGUAGCCCUAGCCCAAGUGACCCAGGCCUUUGGUUGGGACAGCACAGAACAGUGGGGGAAUCUGGAGGGGGCCUAGGCAGAGACACCCGAGGGCAGAGAAAGGUGCGAUCCGCCACGCUUUGUGAAAUGCCUUGGUGUGGGUCCUGGAAUAGUUACCAGGGUCAGAGAGUAGGUGGGGGAGGUAUUUUCCAGAGCCACUUUGUGAAGAGCCCUGGGUUCUAUGCCUUUUGUGAUUACCGUGCUUCAAUAGUGUAAAAAAAUUAUGGAAGGAUGUCUGGACAGCCAAGAACUUGUCAUCAUGGCUGAUAAGGAAGAGGUUGUUGCCAUGCCUAGAUAAGGAUUGGAGGGAGUUGCUAGAGCUGGGUCCAAAAUGGGGGAGCAGUUAAGUUUCUGCCCAGGGUCCUGGCUUAUUGGUUGCAGUGAACAGGGCCUCAGUUUGCUCUGCGUAAGCAGAUCUGAUAGACCACUAUUGGGAGUGAGUGAUGCUGCCUCUCAUCAGGAAGGUACUGAUAAGUUUAGAGCCAGGAGUGGAGCAGGGGUGCAGAUGGGGCUGUGGAAAGAAGCACCUUUGUUGGCAUCGGGCAGACAAGUUUGAAGCCAGCCAGUUGGCCUCUUUGCCAUUUUGUUAUUUACAAGGCUGGACCUGCCCAUCACAGUCGUGAUAGGCACUGGAUAUUCCCUUAUACUGGGGUCUGUCUUUUGCUUUCAUUUAGAAAUUUUUUUUUUCUUUUUUUAAAAUUUAUCCUGUGUGAGGGCUAGUGCUUUUUUGGAUUCGGCAUGUGUAUAGUCUUUUGCCAGUGGGAAGGUAUAUUUUCUUUACACUGGUCUUUAAGGAGGGAAAAGCUAUGUGGUUAUUGAAGGAUUUGCUCUGGGCUUCUCUAGCCACGUCUCCUGCGUGUCGUGGAAGCCGUGUGGGAACCGCAAGGUGUUAUAUUUCUUUCAGUGCUCGUGUGUGUGUGUAUGUGUGUGUGUGUGUGUGUGUUUAAAAACUAAGGGCCUUAGACAUAGGAGGCGGAUACUCAACCAGUGAGCAAAUCAGGAUGGGUUUCUACACCAUUGAAUUUGUGUAGCUUUGCUCUGGACUAAACUGGAGGUAGCUGUUAUUUGGAGGCCUCAAGUCAGUAUAAUACUUCCAAGUUAUUUGGAAGUAUUAAAGUAAUCUGUGAUACCAAGCCUAUCAGUCUUUGAGCAGUGACAACUCUAGGGCCACAUAAAUGUCACCUUCCCAUCUGUGACAUCUUCCUAACGGGGAAGAUCUGUUAGGAGCCCUCCUCCUACUCUGUGCCAACAACCUUUCCUUUCCAGCAUCCUUCCAGAAUCUGCUUACCACAUUCGAGAAUGGUAAGGAGCUGGAUGGAUGCAGUGAGCAUUGUGGGCACACAGUUGCUGCCACACUCUCAACUCUGCCACUGCAGCACGCAAACAGAUGGUGUAGGCACUGGUGAGUGUGGCUGUGUCCAGUCACAGUAAGUAUCUAAGUAGAUACCAGGCAGAAGCCAGCCCUGGCCUUAGCUGGUAGAGAUCUAUCCUGUGGCAGCUUCCUAAGCUGUCCUGUAUAUUUACUGGGGGUAAGGAAGGUAUAGAUCCUGUCAGCAGGAAGUGACAGGUACAUAACUGCUGGCCAGAGAGUGAAACAGCAGGGUUCAGGAAGGUCUAUGGUCAUCUCCCAGAGGAGUGAAGACUUUUGAGUGAGGAGAGCCCAAGGGAGGCAGCAGUUAUAGGGUUAGACCUGGAGGAUGGCGUGGUUGCUCCAAGAAGAGACUGGGCCCAGAUGGUAGAUGGGGCCAGUUGUCUAGCCACAGCUUUUUGUUGCUCAGAUAUACUUGGGCUAGAUUAGGACAGGUUGAGUGAUAGGCUGAGGGCACAGGGUAUUCUCUAGGUGGUGGACAGUCGACAGACAAGUUUAGGAGGGUAAAAUGGCCAUAGAUGUAUUCCAUUCAGUAAUGCCACUCUGAUUAUGCUAGACCAUGCUUAUAACCACAAGUUGUACCUUUCGGUUUAGUGUGAACUAGACUCUAAGGGGUGAGGUACUCUUGGGAUUAGGGUGAGAAGCGCCGCUAGAGAGUUUUCUUGCUUGUCAUUAUCAGUGAUGAAAGAGUAGUAGCACAUGACAGUUUCACUGCUCUUCCUUGGCCUUUUUUGUGUCCAGGCCAAUUUUGGCUUGGGGUCUUGGUGUGUUGAGUGUAAAAUGGUAAACAGAAGUCUCUAUCUACCCCCCUCACCCCACCCCUUCAGAACUAAAUCAUAGGGUAAGGAAGCUGUAUGGAGCACAGACUCACUUCAAGCCAAGCCUUGCAGCCUUCUAUGAACAGGUGCAUCCUGGGCCUGGAGGGUACUUCUUGGAAUCAUUCUUCUCUCUUCCAGGUACUUAAGCCUCGGGGCAGUUUUUAGCCAAUUAAAAGCAGCUUUCAUCUAUUAAGUUCCAGCAACAGCUGCUUGCUCUUGGUGAGGUUUUGUGAUCUGCAGAGAUUCUUCAAGGUGGUAUGCCUGGGAGACAUGCUAGCUAUCUUCUUCAGUCUUGUUUAGGUCCCUCUGCUCCAUUGGUUCUCAACCUUCCCAAUGCUGUGGCCCUUUAAUACAGCUCCUCAUGUUGUGCUGACCAUAGAAUUAUUUUUGUUGUUAGUUCAUAAGUGUAAUUUUGCUACUGUUAGGAAUCAUAAUGUAAAUAUUUUUAGAUAGGUUUGCCAGAGGGGUUGUGACCCACAGAUUGAGAACCACUAAUCUAUAGGGAUUGCUGCCGUGGAUUUUGCUGCCUGGUCAUGUCUUAGUGAUGUGGGAUAGCUCUGGUGCUGAUAGUAGAAGGGGCAUUUCUCACAUUUUUCUAGAGAAGUUUCUGGGUUUGUGGAGGGGAAGGAUGGAGUAAGUAGAGACUGGCUCUGUCUUAGAUAUAAAGAUAUAAAGAGUGUGCAAUCUGGCGAUAGCUGAUGCUUUUUAAGAGUUUCUCUGCGUAGUCCUAGUUGUCCUGGAACUCACUCUGUAGACCAAGCUGGCCUCGAACUCAUGCCUACUUCUGCCUCCCGAGUGCUGGUAUUAAAGUGUGUGUGCCACUACUACCUGCCUCAAGAAUAUUCAUAUAGGUGGCAGCCAAGUCCUGUGUUGUGCUCUAACCACAAUAGGGUAGUUCUUGUCAUUUGUCGAGGUUAGUCAAUGAUAGAGCCAUGCCUGUGACUAUGUCAUAGCCUUCAGUUAUAGGCUUAAUGCCAUCUGCUUAUUUCCUAAGUUAGGUAACAGAUGUCUAUGUUCAAAAUAAAAUAAACAAACAAACAAAUACUGUCCCUUAGCUCUGGUAGUUAAAGUUUCUUCCUGUAACUUAGAAAGUUUCAUUUCCAGUUUCUGGCUCCUUGCCUUUCUCUGAGUGGCUGGUACAGUCUACCCUUCCUGGUUGAGCAUACCUUCUCGCUCUGGCCAAGGAACUUGGUUCUUGUGGGCAUACGCAUUCUGGUUUAGUGAAUCAGUAACAGGACACAGGAAACCUGCCCCCUGGACACAGUCACGUCCCAGCUGACCCUCAAGAUAGCGAUGGUGUACCCAUCUGUGAAGAAGGAUUUGGAUGGGAGCCAGGUAAGCCCACAUUCCACAAGUACAAAAAAACUGUGACAUGAACUAAGUAAGGACAGAAGUGUUGCUGCUUCCAGAUGCAUGCAGUCCCUUUUCUAACAUUCAUCGUUGAAGUUCAAGCUAGCCUGGUGCCACCCGUUAGCUCUCACGCCCCACAAGACAUCCAAGUGUAGGAUGCGGAAUGUCAUUUUCCUCACUUAACAUGACAGCAUUUUGGUUGGCAGGCCGCAUUGUGGGGGUGUGGCGGGGCUUACUGACCCUGAAUGUUUUCUGGAAAGGAUGCUCAGUUGUAGAAACUGCCAACAUCCUCAUCCUCUCCAAGAGCCCUCGCUUUGCAUCCCCGGAAUUAGGAGUACUGCUGGCUUCAAGAAGCACACCAAGGCUCAGGCAAACAUUUUGUUGGUCCAGGAGGAGGAAACCUGUCUAUUGCAGAGUUACAGGUGGCAUUUUUCUCCAGGCUUUAGCACACUCGGGUCUGAUGUGGGUCAAGUUAGUGUUUAGGAGUCUGUUUAAAAACCCCUUUGUAUUUGCUGUUUUCUGAAGUACAAUGUAAAUAGUAUAAUUUGCAGUGCAAAGUCUUUGGCAAUAACCUCAUGAUGUGUAUACUAUGUUAAGUAUUGGAAACCACGGCACCAUGGACUGUCCCAUACCUCUGGGCCUGUGGUGACAUGCAGACUCUGGACUUCCCAAGUGUCAGCGUGCUUGAAGCAGCAGCCUGCAUGUGUGGACUAUCAUCAGUGCCUCGCCCACAGAUGCCUGGCCUUCAUCCAAAGGGACCCUGCUCUGCUCCGAGCCCUGCGAGCAGCACACCCACACUGCGGCUCCUGUGUGUUGACUAUGUUGGACUCUGCCAUAGACUGGCCCCCUUGUCUGGCUGCUGAAGUUUGUAAUGCCUUGACAUGUUGCAUUUCUUUUCCAUUUGAAUGAAUAAAAAUAAACGCUAUGUGUAAAUUA